GUUGGUCUCGCUUCUAAGUCUCGUCGCGUUUCACGAUUCACUCGACAAUGGCUGCUCCCGAAGUUAAGGUGAAGCAAGGAUGGCUUCGUGGUACCACCGUGAAAAGUGUUGACGGGGGAACUUACGUAUCCUUCAGAGGUAUCCCAUACGCGGCACCGCCGGUAGGAAAAUUGAGAUUUGCGGAUCCAUCGCCUCCGGCGUCAUGGACUGGAUUCCGAGAUGCGUCGAAGUUUGGAUCCGUUUGUCUGCAAUUCGAUACAUUUCAAGAGAAAAUAAUUGGCGACGAAGACAGCCUGUUUCUGAAUGUAGCUACACCUUCAUUGGACGGACCGCGACCAGUCAUCGUCUGGAUUCAUGGGGGAGGUUUUUUCAUGGGUAGUGGAAACGACGACAUAUGUGGACCGGAUUAUUUGAUCGGAGGAGACGUGAUCGUUGUAUCCAUCAAUUACAGGCUCAAUGUCUUCGGGUUUCUUCAACUCCGUGAUCCAGUAGCGUCGGGAAAUAUGGGACUCAAAGAUCAGAGAGCAGCGUUGAAAUGGGUCAAAGAGAACAUAUCGCAGUUUGGCGGCGAUCCGAAUAACAUCACAAUUUUCGGAGGGAGUGCCGGUGGUGCCUCGGUGCAUUAUCAACUUUUGUCCCCACUUUCCAAAGGACUUUUCAAUAAAGCCAUCAUACAGAGUGGUACUGCAUUGGACACUUGGUCUUCAAUGAGUGAGUCGCAAUCGGCCGAACAUUUACGCCGAUAUCUUGCUGCUUUUGGAAAAGAAAUGAGCGAUCCCAAAGAGAUCGUAGAAUUUCUCAGGACGAUUCCGGCAGAAAAACUUAUGCAAACGCAAUUGGAUAUAACACGUCCGGAGGAUCAGCGUUGGGUAGAGCUGCCUUUCAUGCCGAGUGUCGAUGACAAAAGUAAAGAACCAUUUAUGCCGCGACAUCCGAAAGAAAUUUAUUCAGAGGGUAUCGAUGUACCAAUUAUCAUCGGAUGUACUAGCCACGAGGGAAUUAUGUUUGUGUGUGCAUACAACAAUACGUUGUCUGUGGCGUUCGACGAGAAUUCCAAGCUGAUUUUACCGAAUGGUUUGGUUCCGAGAAACCAUCCGAAGAAAGACAUCAUCGGCGAUGAAGUGAGGAAAUUUUAUUUAGGGGAUAAGCCGAUAACCGAGGACUUGAUGGAUAAUUGGAUCCAGGCGACCGGGGAUAUAUGUUUCAUUUUCGGUCUAUAUAAAGUCGUUGAAAUUCAGCAGAAAACGAAAAAGGCUCCGUGUUACCUUUACAAAUUUUCUUACGAACCAACGCAAUCGUGUUCGAAAUAUUUUUUCAAAUCGACGUACAAAGGAGCCGCCCACGGAGAUGAUGCACCGUUCAUAUACAACAUGAACGUGGCUGGUGAUAAUUUGAGAUACAAACCCGGCACACCCGAGAAGACCGUCUCCGACAGGAUCGUCAGGAUGUGGACCGACUUCGCGAAAACUGGAAACCCUACGCCGGAGACCAAUGACCUGAUAAACGUCAAGUGGCUACCAGUUACGCAGACAGCGAAACAUUACUUGAAUAUCGGCGAAGAGCUUUCCACAGGCAUCAAUCCGGAUGAAAAAGUGGUCCAGCUCAGUCAUCGAAUAUCUAAGAUUCUUGACGGUAAAUAGGAUACUGCGAAAUCGACUUUGAAAUUCGAUUCGUGCGAGAAUUUGAAUAAAAGUGGUUUCAGAAAA